AAUUCACAAAUUGUCUUUUCAUGUUAAUUGGAAUGUCAUGUAAAAGCGGGUAUUUACUCCGUGCCUUUAUUUGCUCAUAGAAGCUAGAUUAAAGGGGAACUGCACUUUUAUUUUUUUAUUUUUUUUAUUUUGACCAUCAUUCACAAUCCCCAUGUAGGACAAGAACACAUUUUUCGUUUUAUAUGCUUUCUAUCUAGUAAAUAAAUGUUAGCAAAAGUCAGCUAACAAUGGAGACAAUAUAGUUGCUCUAUUCCGCCUAUAAAGCGCUUUAAAAAACACCCACAACACUCCUAACGUUUUAUACACAAGCUAUAUAUUUAAUGUUAUAAUUUAAUGUUUUCUUAACAACAUGUAAUAUUUACAUUUUUUGCACAUUUUAAGCAUACAGCAGCAGAAUAAUUUCACAGACUCAUCACAACGUUUGCUUUUCCGUUCAACAACAACACUACUAAUUCUGACUGGCUUAAUGAGAGACAAUAAAUACUACUUUAUGACAAAUUUUAUUUCAGAACUUUUUCUUUUUAAGCCUCAAUAUAAGGAGGAGGCUGCGAUGAAGUUGUGGCUUGUCCAGGGUGUGCCCUGCCUUCCACCCGAAUGCUGCUGGGAUAGGCUCCAGCCAAUUUAGCUGUACGUUUGACAACAUCUAGAAUUAACUUUAACCAGCUCAAUACUGUAGCUACUAGUUACCUCUCUAUGAUCACUGAUAAAAUUAGUUUGCCUGCGUUAGCGCUUGUAAGAAAAAUAUUGCUUAUACUUGGUUAAUAUGUAGAUCACGACAUGUAAUAAGAUGGGGCGGCAUGACCCAGUGUGUGGAGCGGCUGUCUUGUAACUGAAGGAUUAACAGUUCGAUCUAAAGCGUUGAUGGUGUAUUUUAAUUUGCACUUAAAUUUUAUUGACAAUUUGUUUAAGAAACUUAUAAUUAUUAUUACAAUUAUUAAUAAAUUGUUUUUUAUUUUAGCACUGUAUAUUUGUAUGUACAUUUAUUUUUUAUAAUACAACUCUUUUUCUUAUUAAUAUUGUCAUCAAUUUUUGAGUUCCCUCUUUUGCAGUAUGUUUGAGUAUGUAUUUUGUGAUCAGUCUUACCUAAGCCUUGAUGAUCUUUUUUUUGAUUAGCAUGGUUUAAAAUUAUUUGAUAAGGUUUAUCCUAGUUCAACUGUAAGUAGGUUAGAUUUAAUCAUUGAAUACGAUUAGAAUAAAAAGUAUGAUUACUAGUUCAGUGUUAAUAUUUAAGUGGGCUCCUGUAGUGGAAAAGUUGGGCCUCAAGGUCAAAAAGGUUAAGAACCCCUUAUAUAAAGCACUUUUUGUGUUAUUCCAGGUAUAUUAAAGCGCUAUAUAAAUACACACCAUUUGGGGUAUUGUUGGUGGUUUUUGGAUGUUUUUAGAAGGCUUUAUGGGUACAACAGAGUACUUUCAUUAGCUGCAUUGUAAGCCACCUCGUGCCGAAUUUUACAAGGUAGAAUGCAUUAAAGAAAAAAAGGAAAAAUACAUGUUCUUGUCUUAUAUAAAAAUUGUAAAAAGGUUUACAAAAUUCCAAAAACAAGUGCAGUUCCCAUUUUAAGUCCAGUUAUCUUAGCCUAGCACAGUGCUUCUCAAUAAUUUUAUUUUACGCCCCCUGAAUGAAGAAGAAAAUAUUUUGUGGUUACAGUGAAGCCAAGUGCUACAUACCCUCCGUCAUAUUCUGGUACGGCAAAAAAAAAAGCAUAUUCCCUGAGGUCACACGCGCCCCACUAUUUAAGAAGGACUGGCAUAGCAUGAGUUAUAACCACUUCAAUCAAAUCAAACAGAUAAUCCAUUAAAAUAUUAGCAUAUAACCAAUUUGUUUAGAUGAAAUACAGGAAAAAAAACAGAGAGACAAAAGCCUAUUAACAGAUAUUUAAUGUUGUUAUACAAUUCAAUCAAUCAAUCAAUCAAUGUUUAUUUAUAUAGCCCUAAAUCACAAAUGUCUCAAAGGACUGCACAAACCACUACGACUACGACAUCCUCGGAAGAACCCACAUAAGGGCAAGGAAAACUCACACCCACAAUUAAGGUCCAACAAAUGUUUUGUCUAAAUAUGAUUUAAGUUUUAUGUAGAUAUUAGCGCUACAACCGAGACCAACAAUGGAGGACAUUUGUGUACUGUAGUACCUCAAUUUACGAGCUUAAUUGCUUCUAUAAUGGAGUUCUUAACUCAAGAUACUUGUAUUCUUACUUGGAGAGUGGACUUUUACACUACAGUAUCUCCUUCUAACUGCUUCUCCAUCAAACACCAUAAUCAGCUUCUCCAUAUUUUCAUGGAUAAAUGUCUGACGUUUGGAUAUGUUAACAUUUUUUGGCUGACGUUAGACUCAUUAUGCUUCAGUAUGGUGCAGACUACCAGUGAUACUCUCAACUCACUCACGUUUUUGAUGAUUUCUUGCUUUAAUUCAAUGAAUAUAAACAAUGUCUUCUUAUCAGCGCUGUCCCUGACACUCACUUUCUUUCCUUGUUAAAAAAACAAAGUUAUGUCCAUUUUUAGUAAAUAACACCAGAUGUUUUAGGCAGAUUUUCACUGUGACAUUUUCUAAGCCAAUUUAUGACAAGGAUGCUUGUGACAUAAAGCAUGACAAUUAGCAGAAAGACAGUUCUUCUCUUAAAUUGGGGCACUUUCAAGUUCGAGAUACUAUUUAUUCAUCAUUUAUUUCUGGAAUGUGAUAAAAUUCAGCUAUGUAAACCACUAUGCUACCAAUGGUCGUAUGGUGCAAUUUGUGUUCCUACGAUCGCUGUUCCCAGCGUUGUGUAGAAAUCUUGAUUCUCUUUUCCAUGAAUCUUGAGAUACCGAUUUAUGAAGUUAAUUAGUUCUUGAACGUCGUUCGCCAACCGAAAGGUGCAUAUCUUGAAACAGAUUUCCCCUUAAUAAACAAUGUAAACAUGAAUAAUUGGUUCUAGCCUGAACAAAAGUCCUUAUUUUAUAUUAAAAAUGCACACUUUGAAGACGCUAUCAUGUGUAUACAUAUUGUAUAUGGAUCAAAAUAACAUAACAAGCGGGUUAUGUCUCAACAAUCUAUUAUUUGAUCCAAACACAACAACAGCCAGCUCAACUGUCAAUGUGUCCGCACACACACAAAAGUCAUUUUGGUUCAUGUUACCAAACAUGUUGCUACAAUAAAAAAAAAGGAAAAUCCUUAAACGUCUCCUUGGAUAUUUGUGGUAUUUGUUGAACAAUCUUGGAGUGGUAAACAAGCAUAGCGUCACCUUCCGGCCACAGCUAGCGUGAGCACAAACUAGCAGUGUGAGGUGGUCUUCUGUCGCCUUGUCUUUGUCCUUUGCUGUUAAAAGAGGUCCCCAGGCAUUUUUUUUCCAGGUUCGAUCUUAUCACAGUUAAAAUCUUGUCAAGUUGGCAGCUUUCACUGAGCAGCCUUGCAAUGCCGCACCGUCGCUGUGAAUGACGGCUCCUCUUUUUAUAAACUUUUCCAAACACCCACGGCUCGCCUUAAAUUGAUCUUGCGUGCUGGGUCCCAGUAUGGUCAGUUUUGGACAUCAAGUUGCCAUAUAGAUGGCGAGCCUUCUUUCAAGUGAUAGCCUCGGAAAUGCUAUCGCAGGUUAGCUGUUUCUCAUUUAUCCAAUCUAAAUACAGCUUUUCCACUUUGUCUUGCACUUUGUCUCUGUCCUUGUGGAGGUAUUUUCCCCUUUUGCAAAGUCGGCAACCAUAUAAACGUAAUUUUUCUGAUAAUGGUUGCAAUUGCGGACAUUGUUCUUCCAUAUUUGUAAGGCAAUCCAUGUGCCUAUGGCACCACCGCCACAGUCUACUCCUUGCAAAUAUGUAAACGUCGGGGACCACCCUCUUCAAAACAGUGUGUAAAGGUAGCGAUGUCAUCAAAUUGGCAGCCUCCAUAGAGCAUCCAGCGGCACACAAAAUUAAUAAAUAAAUAAAAGAAGCGAUCGUACACCGAGACAUGGGUUGCACAUCGAGACAUAUUUGCCUCGAUUUAAACAUUCCUAUACCAGAAAAAAACACGCAAAGAGAGGCGUCCGUAGACUGAAGUUCCACUGUACCCUGCCACGUACCAAUAAGUGGUGCGGUACAGAUCAGUUAUUAGGGACCGAAUGUCCCUUUGGGACAGAGGACCCUAUCUUACAAAAAAAAAACCUCAAAAUUGCGCUCUAGCGUCCCCUAGGAAAAAACACAGACACAACUGCUUGUAACUUUCGUUAUGAAUGUCGUAAAGACAUGAAACAAAAACCUCUAUGUUGGUCUGACUUAGACCUAGAUUUCAUACAUUGACAUCCUUCAGCAAAAACCAACAAGAAGUUGGCAAAAACCCCUUCAAAAACAAAGGUUUCCUAAAAAAAUGUCCUUUUUGCCUCUUUGAGCUGUAAUUUGACCCCUUAAAAUGCUUCAAAACUCACCAAACUGGACAAAUACAUCAGGACUGGCGAAAAUUGCGAUCUAAAAAACAAAACAAAAAAAAACUCCAAAUUGCGCUCUAGAAUAAAUCAGACAAAACUGCUCUUGGGAAGAAAACACAGACAAAACUGCUUGUAACUUCCGGUAGGAAUGUCGUAGAGACAUGAAACAAAAACCUGUAUGUAGGUCUCACUUAGACCUACAUACAAGAAGGUAGGUAAUGGGCAGGUAAAGAUAUGUUUUCUGGGUGAUGGCAGGAAGCACCAGUGUGUAUGGGUGAAAGAAAGAAGCACCAGUGUGACCCCAGGAUCCAGGGAAGGUAAGUAACGUGCAGGUAAUGUUAUGUUGAAUGGGUAAAUGCAGGAAACACCAGCAAAAGUGGGUCUCGUUCAUCGCUGUUGCAGCUUUAAUUUUAAUAGAAUUCACAUUUGUCAAUGGAGACGUAAAAAAUUGUGACAGAGCCUCAGUCUUUAAAGCCUUUUGUGUUUGGCUGUUGGUCAUGAGAUGUGAACGCUCAGUCGGACAGCGAGCCCAUUGUUUUAGCUGACAUCAUGGCUGGUACUAGGAGGGCAGAGGACAGGAGGAGACAUUAGUGUUGACUAGCAGGCAACAAACAGCACAGCAUCGUAAUGACUUUCGCUAUGUUAGCUGUUGUUCUGUUUGGUGCCUUUGCUUUGGCGUCUUCAGCCACGCAAGUGGGUCUGAGCGCCAAGGUUCUGCUCUUCCCGUAUGAGACAGAUUUCAGCUACGUGACGCUGACUCCACUCAAGGAGAUGACUCUCAAGGCCUUCACUCUGUGCUUACGUGUGGCCACCGAGCUGCCAGAAGAGCGCCAGAUCAUUCUGUUUGCUUACCGCACGGACGACUAUGACGAGCUCAACGUGUGGCGAGAGAAGGACGGGCGUAUUUCCUUUCACAUGAGCGGCGACGGCACUUUCUUUCACCUCCCACCGCUGGGAACCUUUCGCACUAGCCUGUGCUUGACAUGGGAGUCAGUUGCUGGACUCACUGCUUUUUGGGUGGACGGGAAGCGCAGUACAUACCAGGUUUACAAACCUGGACACAGCAUCCGUCCCAAAGGCACUGUCCUUCUGGGCCAGGACCCUGACAAACACCUAGGGGGCUUGGAAGCCCUGCAGAGCUUCGUGGGGGAGAUGACUGAUGUAAAUAUGUGGGACUUUGUUCUGUCCGGGAGUACCAUUCAGGCUUGGCAUUAUGGCCGCAAGGUCCCUGAAGGCAACAUCUUUAACUGGGCCACUAUUGAGUAUGAGCUGACUGGCAACGUGAAGGUGGUGGAUGACGACUGACUCAGUGUGGCAUCGUGUGGAGGGGUGAUAAACAUCAGUGUUGGACUGCUCCUGAAGUGUGCCUUACUUUUCUAUAUGUAAUCUUACCUUAAAGUCCUCAAUGUGCUUGGUUUCUGAUAUACAGUCAUUUUAAAUAUAACAAUUGCAGUCCAGCAGUAGGUGUUUUACUCAAAGCAACACGAUGCAUCCAUAAUAAUAGUAAAAAUUUAAUAAUUAUUAGUAAUUUUUUUUGUAAUACAUUUUCCUAUUUUUUUAAUCGAUAUAGUAUUUAAGAUUUUUUGUUUUAAUUUUGUCAUUAUUGUUAAUAUCUAUGAUAACAGAUACCGUAUUUCCUUGAAUUGUCGCAGGGCAUAUAGUAUGCGCCUGCCUUGAAUUACUGCCGGGUCAAACUCGUUUCGCAAAAUAAUUAGCGCAUGCUUAGUAUUACCGCCUGGUCAAACUCGUGACGUCGCGAGUGACACUUCCCCUGUCAUCGUUUUCAAAAUGGAGGAGGCUGAUUUCAAUACCGGUAAUUUGAAAUCGCAUAAAGGGAAGAAGAUUAAGAGCUAUUCAGUAGGAUUUAAGGUCCAAGCUUACAUCACACUCAAAUUUUUACUGCAUGCCUUUGGUAAGUGCCGGAGUGAGAAGAGGUUUUAAAAUAAUUAGCGCAUGCUUACUUUUACCACAUGCCUUUGGUAAGCGCAGGAGUGAGAAGAGGUUUUAAAAUAAUUAGCACCCUGGCGGCAAUCAAGGAAAUAUGAUAGAUAAACAUUUAAUCUUCUUGUCAUUACAUUGUACCUUUUUGCUGUUUUUCCCCCCAAUUGUACUCAUUUGUACAAUAAGCGUAUAAUUGAUAGUAUUUUUAUUUAUUUUUCACAUCUACUAAUUUUUUCAUACUUAAAAGAAUAACAACAGUCAACAAUAGGGAUAAUUAUAUUUAUUUCAUUUAUUGCAUUAUCCAUGUAUCCAUCGGGUGGCAGUCCCGCUCAUGUCAAACUGAGUUGUGUAUUAUUAUUUACUCUAUUUAAAUGUGAAAUUUGAUUCAACACACUUAAUAAACAGAACCAAAUAAGAACCAGAUACUGACAAUUUUUUUUAAGAGUUGUUAUAUUAGGGGUGUUGGAAAAAAUCGAUUCAAAUCGAAUACGCUGUGCGAUUCAGAAUCGAUUCUCAUUUUUAAAAAAUCGAUUAAAAAAAAUUAAUAAUUUAUGGUUUAUUUUUUUUAAUCAAUCCAAAAAAACAAUACACAGCAAUACCAUAACAAUGCAAUCCAAUUCCAAAACCAAACCUGACCCAGCAACACUCAGAACUGGAAUAAAGACACAAACACGACGCAGAACAAGCCAAAAGUAGUGAAACAAAAAUGAAUAUUAUCAACAACAGUAUCAAUAUUAGUUAUAAUUUCAGCAUAGCAGAGAUUAAAAAUCCCGCAUUGACAUUAUCAUUAGACAUUUAUAAAAAUAAAAAAAAGAACAUUAGUGUCACAGUGGCUUACACUUGCAUCGCAUCUCAUAAGAUUGACAACACACUGUGUCCAAUGUUUUCACAAAGAUAAAAUAAGUAGUAUUUUUGGUUCGUUUAAUAGUUAAAACAAAUUUACAUUAUUGCAAUUAGUUGAUAAAACAUUGUCCUUUACAAUUAUAAAAGUUUUUUUUUUUUUAAUCUACUACUCUGCUUGCAUGUCAGCAGACUGGGGUAGAUAUUGCUGAAAUCCUAUGUAGUGAAUGAAUACAGAAUCAUUUUGAAUCGGAAAAAUAUCGUUUUUGAAUCGAGAAUCGAAUCGAAUCCAAAAAAUCGAUAUAUUAUCAAAUCGUGACCCCAAGAAUCGAUAUUGAAUCGAAUUGUGGGACAGCCAAAGAUUCACAGCCCUCAUAUAUAUAUAUAUAUAUAUAUAUAUAUAUAUAUAUAUAUAUAUAUAUAUAUAUAUAUAUAUAUAUAUUCAUACAGUACAUAAAUAAAAUGCAACACCAAAAAGUUCUAUUUUGGUUUCAUCUGACCACAUGACAUUCUCCCAAUCUUCUGCUGUAUCAUCCAUGUAUCCAUUUUGGUAUAAACUCAACUCGUCGUGUUUGGAGGAAGAAGAAUACUGAGUUGCAUCCCAAGAACACCAUACUUACUGUGAAGCAUGGGCUUGGAAACAUCAUGCUUUGGGGCUUUUUUCUGUUAAGGGGACAGGACGAUUGAUCCGUGUUAAAGAAAGAAUGAAUAGGGCCACAUAUCAGGAGAUUUAGAGCCAAAACCUCCUUCCAUCAGUGAGAGCUUUGCAUGGUUGACCAAAUACUAAUUUUCCACCAUAAUUUACAAAUAAAUUCUUUAAAAUUCUUACAA